AUGCAUCUCCAUUCCCUCUCUCUGUCUUUGUUCUUCCUCCUGGUUGCCGGGACAGCGGUGGUGUGCGUUGCCGUGACGACGACCCUGACGACCCUGCAUGGUUUCCGGGGCUGCGCAGUGCGGGAGUUCUCCUUUGUGGCCCAGAAGCCCGGCUGCAGGAGCCAGAAAAUCACCACAGAGGCCUGCUGGGGCCGCUGCCACACCUGGGAGAAGCCUGUCCCAGACCCGCCUUACAUCCACCGUCACCACCGUGUGUGCACGUACAGCCGUACCCGCAUGAUGACGGCCCGUCUGCCGGGCUGCCAGCCUGAUGUGUCUCCUCUCUACCACUACCCCAUGGCCCUGCACUGCCACUGUGCCGUCUGCUCCACCCAGGACACCGAGUGUGAGACCUUCUGAGGGGCAAACAAGAAUGGCGCCAAGAGUUUAGUAGCAGUCACAAAAACCUGUAUUUGAAGGAGUGUGGGGAUUUCUGAUGCACUUUUAGUUAGCAGUGUUACCAAGAGUUUAAGAUCUAUUGAGAUCACAGUAUUUGGGAAAGUGUAAGAUUGUGCAUGAAAUUAGACUAUAGGAAUGUUGCCACAAACAAAGAAAGUUGGUGUGCUCAAAAAUUGGAGCCAUCCUUACGUUCUUAGGUUUCGGUGUUCCCCAGAUUUAUAUAGCACAUAAUGGGAGCAUGGCAAAGGGUCCUAUGUUCCUGGGGUCUUAUCUUUCCAAGGUCCUAUGUUUUAAGGGUCCUAUGCUCCCCAGCUCUAUAUAGCAGGAGGGAUUCUUAUUACAGGUUCCAAUUAUGUGCUAUAUGGAGUUGAGUGACAGGAGACCUUGGCAAAAUAGGACCUUGAGAACUUAGGCUUUUUGGAACAUAGGACCUUGGGAACUUAGGAUAUUGGGAACAUAGAACCCUGUGAACAUAGGACCUUGGGAACUUAGCACCCAGGGAACUUAAGACCCUGGGAAGAUAGGACCUUGGUAAAUUUGGACAUUGGAGCAUAGGAACAUAGGACCCUGUCAACAAAGGACCUUGCGAAGUUUGGACAUUUGGGAAAUCCCCCCAAAUUAUGCUCAGUGGAGUCAAAGAUCAGAGAAUACAUGAAAAAAGUAAGCUCAGGCACUUUUUUGUAAGCAAACGUAAGCCCUUAUUUUUCUAUGGCUACUGUACCAUUUUUCAGUCCAGGUACCUUCAUCAGGUGUAUCUUGAUAUACAGCCUCUGCACUCAAAAAAAUCCUUGUGUUUCAUCAAACGUCAGCAAAAUGAGCAGUGUGUUGUCAAAUGAAAACCCCAAUCCUACCCAACCUAUGUUACAUUUAUUUUAUAUAUCGUUAGUCAGUCAUGAUGUUAACUACACUGACUUUAAAUAAACA